UUAGAAAUAAUUGAGGAAGGAGUGUACAUAACGCAAUGCGCAAAAAUCAUUUCGAAACAUACAGUAAUUCACCAGGGACGUAUAUUCCCUGAUAGCGCAUUCUCCUGCUUUUCCCGGUAAAUAGCGUGACCUUUGUUUACCUAUCUCAACGACUAAUUCAGUGGCAAGUGGCGGUGAAUCUUCACUGAAAAUGUCACAGAGCUCGGUGUUUCUUUUAAUGGUUGGAGGGCAGAUUGAAUCAGCAGAGUUUCCAGAUUUUGAUGACAUAUAUUGCAAAUACUGCUUCACGUUUGGACCGGAUUGGCUAGUUACAUCAGGAUUGGAUGAAGGCCUGACACAAGUCACAAAGAAAAGUCGAGAUGACAGGCAACAGUUUGUCUGGAAUUUUCCUCUGGAUAUAACAUUUAAAACCACUAAUCCAUUUGGUUGGCCACAGUUGAUAGUCCAUGCUUAUGGCAUUGAUGCAUUUGGGACGGAUGUUGUGAGGGGAUAUGGAGUCACUCACGUACCCAUCACACCCGGAAGGCACAAGAUUCGCAUUCCAAUGUUUGUACCCGAGUCCUCCUCCCAACUUCAGAAAUUAACAGCGUGGAUCCUUGGGCGACGCCCCGAGUAUGUGGAUGUCAGGGUGCUGGCCCAGGGAGAGGGAAGAGAAGUAACCAGAGUGAGAUCGCAGGGCUUCCUGACAGUGUCAUUUAAUGUUGUGAUGAAAGACAUGAAAAAACUAGGCUACGACGUCAUUCCAUCUGAAAUGUCCACCUCAGUGAUUCCAGAAUCUGUGGGGCCCAACAGUGGGGGGACAACGGAAACAUGAUCUGUGCUGAGUUAUUAUUUAUGUAGAAAUAGUAUUGACAGAUGAGUUACGUAUGCCUUCUGUUGGCUGAUACCUGGUAAAUCACACUCCGUCCAAUAUUAACAAGAACAUGGGUUGUUAAGGUAUCAUGUAAUUGUUAUGAAUUAAAUUGUCUGAAGUGUUUUCAGAAAACAGCAAAGUGUAGCUAGCAUUAACUUCAUGUAGAUAUACCGGUACACUGUGUAUGGUGUAGAAUAAAUAUACAUGUGUUUUAUUUUAAAGUUUUACAUAUCUCGAGUUUCUCGUUUCUUGUUAAUUUUAAGUUAUUACCAGUAGUUAUAUACUAUAUAUAGCAAUUAAGGGAAAAUGUCUAACUAUUUGUAGAUCAUACUGGCAGUUAAUUUACUGGUGCUUGCUAUUACUUAAAGCACAAUAUUAAAUUGAAGAGAUUUUUUGUUAAGAAUUGAAUAAGACUUAGAAUCUUAAAACAGAAAUUGUUCAUCCAAUUACAUUGUGUAACUUAUUUUUUUGACCAAAUAGGUCAUUUUAUACCAAAUAAUACUUUACAUGUAUUUAACGUUUUUAAUAUAAUUUUAUCAGCACAUAAAUUGUUUCUUUGUACAUGUAUUAUAAGAUCUGAAUAAUAAAUCAAAUACAAGUACGAUACUGUAA